AUGGCUUCCGUCGGUACCAGCUCCGGCGGUGGCGGAUCUUCGGGUGGCGGCGGCGGCGGCGGCGGCCCUGGCAGGGGCUUUGGUAGAGGCAACGGCAAGCAGCCAGCCCGGGAUGCACCUAGGGACCCAACUGGAGGCUCCGAAGAAGGCCGCGAAGACGGCGAAAAUGAUGGGUCGGGGGGUGACUCGGACAGUGGCCUUGAGAAUGUUUCUCGAACUAAUGCUCUGGUGGACAAAAAGUAUGAGCAGAAACACUACGAUUUCAUAUCAGGUCAUCCUCACGACACCAAAGCACAUAGGGUUGCACCGGACUCGAUCGAGGUCGUUCUGAAAAAGCAGGAUGAUACUUAUGUCUAUAAGCCUACAUCGAACAAAGUACCCCUUACCAUAUUUGACGCGGAACGGAUGGGGAUACCAUUGGCUGGAAAUGUGGAGGAUAUCCCAGUCGCCUCUUCCUCCCAAACCACCCCACGCCCGUCCAGCCCAGGGGAUGGAGACGACGGCUCAUCGAGGAACGCUGCAGGUUCUUCGAAAAUUCCAGACGAUGCGCAAGAUUCGGAUCAUUCUAACAGGACAGAGGGUCCGGGCAAGUCAUGA